AUGGGUUCAGACGUGCGCGACCUCAACUCCCUGCUGCCCCCGGUGCCGGCGGGCCCCAGCCCCGGCUGCCCGGCGCUGCCCGUCAGCUCGGCCCCCCAGUGGGCCCCGGUGCUGGACUUCCACACGGCGGCGGCCGCCUCGCCGUACUCGUCCCUGGCGGCCCCCCACACCUCCCUGGGGCCGCACUCCUUCAUCAAGCAGGAGCCCAGCUGGGGGGCGGCCGGGGACCCCCACCACCACGACCCGGACCCCCACUGCGGCCUCAGCGCCUUCACCGUCCACUUCUCGGGUCAGUUCACCGGCACCGGCGCCUGCAGGUACGGGGCGGCGUUCGGGGCGCCGGCGCCGUCCAGCCAGCCGCCGCCGGCCGUGGCCCCCCCCCACCACCACCAGCCCCCCGGCAGGAUGUUCAGCAACCCGCCCUACCUGACCAACUGCAUGGACACGCAGCAGGCGGCCCGCAACCAGACAGGUAGCAGCACCGAGCACACCAGCUACUUUGUGUUGACGCCGUCUGAUAGUUACACAUUUCUGACGCAUUAUGACUUCAAAGACCAGUGUAACUCACCUGUGGCUUGUGUUGCAGGUGAGCAGCAGUACGCCGUCCCUCCGCCGGUCUACGGAUGCCACACGCCUUCAGACAGCUGCACCAGCAGCCAGGCGCUGCUGCUGAGGAACCCCUACAACAGCCACGCCGCCGGCUACGACAGCGACCCCAGCACGCCCAUGGUGUACAGCUGCAGCACCCAGUACCGGAUCCACACGCACGGCGUCUUCAGGGGCAUCCAGGAUGUGCGUCGGGUUCCCAGCAUCGCUCCGGCCAUCGUGCGGUCGGAGAGCAGCGAGAAGCGUCCGUUCAUGUGCGCCUACCCGGGAUGCAACAAGCGCUACUUCAAGCUGUCCCACCUGCAGAUGCACAGCCGCAAACACACAGGGGAGAAGCCCUACCAGUGUGAGUUCCCCGACUGUGGACGGAGGUUCUCGCGCUCCGACCAGCUGAAGCGACACCAGAGGAGGCACACAGGGGUUAAACCGUUCGAAUGCGAGACGUGUCAGAGAAAGUUCUCGCGGUCUGACCACCUUAAGACUCACACACGGACUCAUACAGGUAAAACAAGUGAGAAGCCGUUCAACUGCCGGUGGCCCAACUGCCAGAAGAAGUUCGCCCGAAGCGACGAGCUGGUGCGACACCACAACAUGCACCAGAGGAACCUGAGCAAGCUGCAGCUGUCCGUCUGA